AUGGAUCCUACCACAGCUACCCUUUUAGGAAUUGAUUUCUUGUUGAUUGUAGUCAUUGUUUCUACUAACAUAUAUUCAAUCGUCGUUAUCAUGAAGAAAUCAAAGAAAAACUCGAAAAAUUUGCUGUUGGUCUCUCUGUCAGUUUCAGAUAUUGCCGUUGCAACGUUUGUGAUUCCCAAUAUAAUUUUCUUGAAAUUACACAACUCUUCUGUAAGUCCGGUCAUAUGUCAAAUAUGUUUGUUCACCGAGUAUAUGGCCAGUGCGGCCAAUGUCUUUUCUAUUUCUGUUUUGGCCAUCGACAGAUUUAGAGCAUUGGUGUUUCCUCUGCAAAAUAGAAAUACAAACCGUGGAGUUUUAUAUGGAACGAUAGUGCUAAUAUGGGCUGCUUGUGUUGUGUAUGCUAUUCGGGCACCUGUCGUUUACAGAGGUAAAAUGUUUAAAUUAGGUGGUGUAAAUUACACGACUGUGAAAUAUGGCUGCGCUAUUCCAGAUUCUCUUCUGAGUCUGCAUUCUGGAUUAGUUGUAGUCGAUGUCAUUGUGUUAUUUGCUGUUCCAGCGGUGGUUCUAGUUGGGUGUAACAUAAAAGUUUCUUUAGAAUUAUCUAACAAGACAGAAGUAAGUUUAAGCAUGCCUGAAACAGUAGGGAAAAGGCGUAGAAGGGCUGUUCGAACUCUCCUCAUCAUGAUUUUGAUAUUCAUCCUCCUCAACUUUCCUUUACAUUAUUUUCGAAUGGCUAGGCAUGUCUUUAAGCAAACGAUUUCUGGAGCCUCAACAUUAGGGCACACUUUCCUUAUUCUCACAUUUAUCAACAAUUCGUUAAAUGUUUUUUUCUAUGGUUUGCUUAACGAGGAUUUAAAAUCUGUCUGUCUGGUGUGUUGGAAGAAGCGAAAUCAGGUGGCACCUCAUUCUUCUGGAACAACAAGCAUGAUGAAAACCAGAGGCUUCACGAAAUCGAACACUAAAAAUGCAUUAGGAAGUACCGAUUAA